AUGGCGAUGAUGAUGACUGGCCGUGUGCUGCUGGUGUGUGCCCUCUGCGUGCUGUGGUGCGGUGCCUGCGGUGGCUACGCGUGGUUCUACAAGGAAUGUGGAAGCGGGGAGGAAUCUUGCAUUAAUUCUAAUCAGUACAAGGGUUUAUAUAACAGUUCAUUUCGAUCUUCAUUUUUGGGUGAAACGAAUUCAGCAUCGGGUAAGAUUGAUUCUUCCACUGGUUCGACUGGAAAUGGCGGUGACAGGGCAAGAAGUGGUGCAGACGGAACUAAGGGCUCCGCAGGACACGCACCGAGUGGAGGUAGCGAGUCCCCUCCGGCUCCAUCCCAGCCGGCGUCAAAUACACCUGGCGACCGUUCUGCGUCCAACGAGCCCUCUGACACAUCUGAAGAGGAUCCUGACUCCGCCGUAACCCUUGGGAGUGGUGGAGGUGGAGGCCCAAACACAGUUGUUGGUACUCAAUUGGCUGUUGGUGGGGACCUUGCCAGCGACCAUCAAACACCAGAAGACGGAGACACCGACCCCGAUGUGUCUCACGCAGCAUCGGAGGACGGUGAAGACACCCACAGCCCUCCCACAUCACCUCCAGACAAAAAGACCGAAGAACCCAAAGUAACAAAAGAAGGAGAAGAGGGAACAAAAAAUACAAGAGAAGAGGCACCAGCGGUAUUGACGACGAAAGAAGAAUCGGAAGGAAAUCCAGAAGCAGAACCAGGGAAUGAACAGCGCAGCUCCGCGAAUGGCGUGUCAGAGCAGCAGCCAGAAGCAGCACAACAAGGCGAAACUGAAGAUGGUAAUACGACGGAAAAAACACCAACACCAGCAACAGUCGCCGCCGCUCAAGCAGGUGCCACGAGGACGCCUGACGAGAGUGACGGCAGCACCGCGGCCUCCCACACCACCUCCCCUCUUUUUCUUUUUCUUCUUGCGUGUGCGGCUGCUGCUGCGGUGGUGGCCGCGUGA